CAACGGCGCAGCGAGAUGGCGUCAUCACAACUUGACCCUACGGGCUCACAUUCCGUAGUGGUGGUGAAGCGGUUUGUGUCAGUGGAGGAGCCGGUACACCGGACCGUGAGGAGAAUACAGUAAUGCCCAAGUGUAUUGUCCCUACCUGAUUGCCUCACAUGGUAAACAAAGACAACCGUCUGAGGGGGAUCGUUCUCCAUACAUUUCAUAACAACUUGUCGAUCAUUACAAACUGGCACAUCCAAGACUGGUGAGGACUUGGGAGACAUUGGGAGCAUCGCACAGAAAAUCUUGUAAGGUCCAGGCCUUACCUCAGCCUCUGCAGUUCCCCACAGGACUGUCGCCUCUUCUCACAAUGACCUCCAUGGAUAAUGGCAGCAAGCACAUGAAUGACAGGAUUUUAAGUCUCACCCUGAAGAUAAUGUUCCUCCUAACUGGAGAGGAUUACACAGUUGUGAAGAAGAGAUACAAUGAUCAGAAAACUUCAGGCAGCAGCCCCAGGGAGUGUGGAGUAAGGAGCCGAGCCAAGAAAUCUGACAAAAUCCCGACCACUGAAAGUAACAAGCAGAUUCUGCAGCUCACCAACCAGAUCAUUCAGCUGCUCACAGGAGAGGUUCCUGCGCGGUGUCAGGAUGUCGCUGUUUACUUUUCUAUAGAAGAAUGGGAUUAUGUAGGAAAACAUAGGAAUCUGUACGAGGAUAUUACUGUGGACGACAAGCUCUCAUCACAUGUUGAACAACAAAUUUUGCCUCUCGAGCAUAAAAUAAAUCCUCUCGUAAAUCCCACAACUAUAAAGUCUCCGACCAGUGAUGACGGCGUCUCAUAUGAUCUUAAAAUGGAGUCAGUCGCCGCAAACAGCGUGGACCGGGAUGACUGCAUGGAGACAGCACAGGAGCCAUUGUCAUGUUCAGAAUACGAUGUAAUAGAAGUUAAAAUAGAAGAUCCUUUAAGUGACUGGAAUCCCACCAGUAUAAAGUCUCCUUCUAGUGGCGAUCUUGUCUCACCUGACCUAAACCAGGAAGCCAUGUCUGCAGACAGUAUGGACGGCGAUGACCGCACGGGCACAGCACAGGAACCGCUGCCAUGUUCAGAGUGCGGUAAAGAACCAUUGUUGACUCCCGAGCCUGAAAUAGAAGUUUACGUCAUGAAAGAAUCUAUCAGCGACUUGAAUGCCGCUACUCGAAAGUCUCCAACUCCUGAUGACCGCGUCCCUCCUGACCUCAAUAAACAGGAACCAAGGUCUGCGGCCAGUAUGGACCACCACGACCGCCUCACCACAGCGCAGGAGCCAUUUUACUGUUCAGAAUGCGGUAAAUGUUUUAAGUUUCGCUCAAGACUCCAAGCACAUCGGCUGGUUCACACAGGGGACAAACCAUUCUCGUGUCCCGAGUGUCGGAAGUGUUUCGCAAGGAAGUCGCAACUUGUUCAACAUACAAAAAUUCACACCGGAGAGGAGCAGUGUUCAUAUUGUGGGAAGUGUUUUACGCAGAAAUCGAAACUCCUCCAACACGAGAGAACCCACACGGGAGAGCGCCCCUUCUCCUGUCCUCAGUGUGGUCGGUGUUUUGCGCAGGAAGCGACCCUGGCGAAACACCAGCUCAUCCACUCGGGGGAGAAACCCUUCUCUUGUUCGGAAUGCGGUAAAAGCUUCAUGCUGAAAUCUUACCUGCGCUGUCACCAGAGGACGCACACCGGCGAGAAGCCCUUCGCGUGUUCCUAUUGCGGCAAGGGCUUUACACAGAAAUCCCACCUUUCCGAACACAUUAAAAUUCACACCGGCGCAAAACUUUUCUCUUGCUCGGAAUGCGGGAAAAGCUUCACGCAGAGAUCCGGUCUCAUUUUGCACCAGCGGCUCCACACAGGCGAAAAGCCAUUUUCGUGUUUAGAGUGCGGUAGGAGUUUUAUUAAGAAAGCGCAACUCAUCCAACACAAGAGGAUUCACACCGGAGAGGAGCAGUGUUUGGUAUGCGGGAAAUGUUUUACACACAAAUCCAAACUGAUCGAUCAUCAGCGAGCGCACACCGGGGAGCGGCCGUUUACUUGUCAUCAGUGCGGGAAAAGUUUCGCACUCAAGACGACGUUAACAAGACAUCAGCGACUUCACACGGGGGAGAGGCUGCUGUGCUGUUCCGAGUGCGGUAAAUCUUUUAUGCAAAAGUCAGAUCUGUAUCGUCACCAGCAGACGCAUAUGGGACAACCACCACUAUAAUGUGUAUAUCUUAACACAGUGUUUCCCUAACCAGGUUGCAAAACUACAAUCCCCAGCAUGCCUGGACAGCCGAAGGCUGUCCAGGCAUGCUGGGAAUUGUAGAUUUGCAACAGCUGGAGGCACCCUGGGUGAAAAAACACUGCUUAAGGGUACGUUCCCACACGGCGUAUUUUGCUGCGUAUUUGCUGCGUAUUUGGUGCUGCGUAUUUUCCUACCCAUUGACUUCAACAGAGAAAAUAAAAUACGCAGCAGCAAAUACGCCGUGUGGGAAUGUACCCUAAACAUGCAAAGUACAUUGGUCAUUCAUGGUGUGACAUUGUAAUAUUAUACUGAAGGUUUUGAUUUGCAAAAAGUUCUGCCUUGGUUACUUUAAAAGUGAGUAAUAAAUAUAAUAUUUAUA